AUGUCUGUAAUUUGUAAUUCAUGUUUUAUCUGUCUCAUGCAAUGUAUGUUUGAUAGAAUUCUUUUGUAAUAUUCUAACUUUAAAGAAAGGAGGAUGUGAUGAUUGAAUUAUGCUCAUGUCCACUAGGUGGCAAUCAUGAGUUCAUGUGAAUGCAUAAAUGUAAAGAACAGGACAACAGAAGGAGGCUAGUCUUGGGUGACACACCUGUAAGGAACCUGUGUGAGCAGACGCAUGAUGAGACUUUAAUAAAAGUGUCUGAGCAAUACAAGAGGCCUGGUCAUUAUCAAACACGAAUAUAACAUUGACCAACGGAUUUCCUCUGAGAUUACUGGAACGGAAGAAACUUCAUUGGAUACAGAACAAGAAUUGAUCUCUGUACCUCAGGAAACAACAGAGAAGGAACAGUCCCUUAAGUCUGACACUGAAGAUGUUGAAAAGCUGGAGACUUCUCUGCCUGAAGAAGGAGAUCCGGACAAUUCUUUAAAUAUAGAUAUUUAUACAGAAGAACCUGCGAUUUCUGUAACACAACUGGUGACUGAAAAGGACGACAUCUCCAAACCAGAGAGGAAACUGGAUCAGAAAGGGGAAAAACAAUCAAAGCCUAAACCCAUCAAUAAGACGCCACUGUUGUGGAAAUCUUUUCCUGAGCCUGAUGCCACCAUAGAUCUGUCAUUUUUCACUGGAAACACUGACAUUAAUGAUGGACCUCUGCUGGAAAACCAAAGUCUUCAGGCAGCUUCACCCAGCAGGGGAAAUAAGACGGUUUGGAAAACGCUGCCCAAGUCAGAACCUCGUGUUGAUAUAACUUUUAUUGCUGGGAACAUUGAACCGGAAAAUGUUCCAAUGGCGGCACAAAAAAGUAAUGAGGAAGCUUCCUUGACAACAAGUCAACCAAAGUGUACAUGUGCUGCUAAAUUUAAGGAAACUGAACUGGAACACAUCAAAUUUAGGAAAUAUUUAAUGAAUCAGCUCGACGAAAUGUUUGAUACGAAUAAAAAACUGAGUGCGAAACUAAAACAGCAGAAAGAUCUGCUGAGCAAAGUCCUCUCAGAGAGACAGCAAAGCAGGAAAACAACAAUUUCUGUUCAAACUCAGACUGAUUCAGAGAAAAACCUAAAACAGAAACCAGUCAGUUUUCAAUCAGCUUCAACUCAAACAGAGAGAGAGGAACCAGAAACCAGUUCCCAGUUGAAACCAGUCCUUCAAACUGUUUCAACUCAAACAGAGACGGAGGAACCAGAAACCAGUUCCCAGUUGAAACCAGUCCUUCAAACUGUUUCAACUCAGACAGAGACGGAUGAGCUGGAAACCAGAAGUCACUGGAAACCAGUCUGUGAAACGGUUUCAACUCAAACUGAGGAAGAUGUGUUGGAAUCCGGAUGCCAGUUGAAACCAGUUUAUCAAACGAUCUCGACACAAACUGAGCUCCAUUUACUGAUCCAAGAACAGUCGUCUGAAUCACAACAGGAUGGACAUCAGGAUGGACAGACCAAGGGAUUGAAGAGAUCAGCAGGUAAGAAGAGGAGAAAGUCAUCAAAGAAAGCUGCCUCUGAGUUAGAAACAGUCAACAAUGAGAAAGUUUCUGUAAAAAACCAGGAACAAGAAGAAGUUUCAAUGCCGGAAAUCGUCAAGGAUCAGAGAGCUACUAUUAUUAUUGAGGUUCAUAAAAAUGAAAAAUUGAUUGAUAAACUGCAGCAGGUGACUGAAGAUAAAAUGGUCCCUGAAAAACAACCAAUUGGGGAUCAUCAGGUUGAGAAAAGACCAAAGAUCAAAACAAAAUGUAAGAAAAAGAGAAAGACAACAUUGAAAUCUGAACUGGAAAACAAUUCAUACCCAGUAGUGACUGAUCCAAACUUGGUCCAAAACACGGAGACACCAAAACCUGAUGUAGAAUCAGCACCAGAGAUCCCACAGACAGCUUUAGAGGAAAUAGAGAUAAAACCAGUCAUAGUGUCAGAAGAUGGAACAGAUCAGGAUCCUGUAGUUCUUACAGAAAAACUGAGAACAUCGCCUCCACAGACAGAGGUUACUGUAAAUGAAGAUCAAAUCCAGAGACCUCAGCAAUCAGAGACUGAACCAUCUGAAGAGUCAGAUGAACAGAACAAAGUCUCUGAAGAAGAAGAGAGCCCAAAGACAAAGAUUUCUCUGUGGAGGCGAUUCAAAAAGGCUGUGACUCCAUCCUGUCUGCGGCAGUUUAAAGACUGAAGAAAAGGCCAAACAGCGUAGACACUUUAUGUCUCCAGAUUAUCAGGUUUAAAAGAGGGAGGGGCCAGGUGUGGGUUGGGUGAUUGGUGGGAUUUGUAAAAAGAGCUACAGUUGUUGUUAAUUGGACAUUUCAAUAUUAAAAAGCCAGGACUGCACGGUGGGAAACGUCUCCCUGUGUAGCUGUGGGUUCACUCCGGGUGCUCCGGCUUCCCCCACGUUCAACAACAUCAGUACUCAUGUUCAUCCAUUGGAAGAGUUUUAUUUCUAAUUCUAAACAGAAAAUAAGAAAACCACAUUUAAUAAUUAAUGGGAGAUUUGGAAAAAGAAAAUGCAAAAAACAUGGAACAAAAAGAGACUUUUAGAAGUUUAAACUUAUACAAAUUGGAAAACAAAUUAAAAACUAGUUAUC